AUGUCAUCCAUUACCAACGCAUCAUCCAACGCCUCCAUUGACAAGUUCAACGGAGACAGCUAUGCGACUUGGAGUCGAUACAUGCGCGGUGUGUUUUUGACGAAGUCCGUCUGGUACGUCGUAACCCGUGAAGCGACUCCGACUUUCACCGACCCGCGAGCGUCCGAUGACUACGUCCAGGCAAGCAACGUCGCGUUUGGUAUGAUGCUGCUGCUCAUGAAUGCGGAUAACCACCAUGUGCUGGACAACUGCGAGGAAGCCUGGGUUGCGUUGACAAGUCUGAAGACGCUGUACGGAGGAUCGCAGAAGGCAGGAUGCAUCUUCCUCAAGCGAAAACUUUUCAGCGUCAAAAUAGCUGAAGGCGCGAACAUCAAGCACCACUGCAACGACGUCCUCAACAUCGCCGCCUAA